AUGAUAAAGGGAGACAACAGACUCUGUAGUAAUCCUGUAUAUAAAAAGGAGACAUGUUUUGCAGAUGUUACCCUUGGUUGCUAUUUUGGUUUAGGUUAUCUUAUCAUUAAUGAUACAAAGAUAGAGGAAAGAUAUAUACAAGGGUGUUUUACAAGAAAAAAUCGAAGAAGUACAAGAAGAGAUGUUGAAUCAAAGUAUGGUGAUAAAGGUCAUUUAAGAAUUUUUAAGAAAAUUAAAAAUAUAAACUUUCAGAAUGAUGUUAAAUUUUGUUUUAAUGAUUUAUGUAAUUUAUAG